AUCAGAAAGGGUUUCCCUACUUUUCCAGGUUUUUAUUCCUGCCUGCCUCUAACCUGUCUUCUUUUGAGGAACAGUCUCAACAUACAAUAGUUGCUAGGAUACAGGUGGUUGCUGAGGAAAUGACGUUUCAGGGAGAAAGAAGGGAGGAAGGUGGAGUGAAAUUAGAGAACGUAAGGGAGCCAGAAGCUAAAUUGCACCCCCAUGUCUUGCCACGGCGGUCUUCUCCAUCCUGCGCUGAGAGUGGGGACCGAGGAAGAAGCCUAAAAGAAAGGAGGUGUGACGGACUUUCUCAUCACUGGACGUGGAACCUCAGGGUGGAGGAGAAAGGGAUGGCAAGCUCAGAGAAAGCUUUUCUGAAGAGCCAGACUGCUGGAGAACGGGAAACAGGCAAGAAGCCGGACCGGAGAACCCCCAUCUGUGACAAAAACAUCCAAGACGCUUCCCUUGGGGAUGAAAAGAAGGAUCUUGGAGACAAGGUAAAAGAGAACCAACCGCUUCCCAUCCAGUCCCAGCCAGGUGUAUGCUGGCCUUGCCCAGAGGGCACCUUUGUCAAGCUGAUCCUCAAGGCCGGGACAGGUUUAGAUAAACCGAAGGAAGGGUCCUUCUGCCAAGUCUUCAUCGAGGCCAGUCAUGAAGGGCCCUUGAGCUACCCGUCCUCCAGGUGGGCCGAAGUGGAGCUGGGCGGGGGCGACGCCGAAUGGGACGGUGUGGUGGACCGUGGUUUGGAAACCAUGCUGGCAGGGGAGCGGGCUGAGCUGAGGUUGUCAGAGGGCGGCACCAUCACUGUCCAGUUGGCGAGCUUCACGGAGGCCAAAGACUCCUGGGAGAUGAGCGCAAGCGAGAAGUGGGACUUGGUCCUCAGCAAUAAAGAGCGCGGCAGUGAGCUUUACAGGGCGGGAGCCAUUGCCGCGGCUGCCAGGCGCUACGCUCGGGCCUUACGCUUGCUCGUGGUGGCUGCUCCUCCCCCGGAUUAUGACCAGAUCAAGGCCGAGCUUCACACCAACUUGGCCGCCUGUCAGCUACGGUUGCACCAGCCGGCCAACGCCGCUCAAAACUGCUCCAAGACUCUUAUGCUCCAGCCGGCCAACCCCAAGGCUUUGUUUCGACGCGGCUUGGCCUACGAUGCAAUGAACGACUUGGAGGGGGCAGCGCAAGACCUCAAAGGAGUUUUGCAAGUGGAGCCAGGAAACCGAGCAGCUCGCCGGGAAUUAGACAGGGUUACCGAGAGGAUCCGAGCCCGGGAUGCUAGACUGGCUCAAGCCAUGCAGAAAAUGUUUGCUUGAAUAAAACCAUUUUGACCAUGUCAGCAUCAAGGUGGGGUGGGGCGGUGGGGCUGCAUUUUCGUUGUGAUUAGGUGAGCAACAGGAAAGAGGAUCUGGUGCUUGACACUAUGAGCCGUGAGGGUGCAGUGGUUGGAAAUGCAACAUUGCAGGCUAACUCUGCUGACUGCCAGGAGUUCGAUCCUGACCUGCUCAAGGUGGACGCAGCUUUCCAUCCUUCUGAGGUCGGUAAAAUGAGGACCCAGAUUGUUUGGGGCAAUAUGCCUGACUCUGUAAAUCCAUCAGAGAAGGCUGUAAAGCACUACGAAGUGGUAUAUAUGUCUUAAGUGCUGUUGCUAUGAAGUUUAAUGGCUGGGCAAGAUGAUACUUUGGUGUUUUUGCCCCAAAUCGAACACGGUUUGCUUUUAUCACUCUGAUUUCCUUACCUACAGAAAAAAAUAAGACUGGAUACAGGUAGUCCUUGACUUAUGACCACAACGGAGCCCAAUAUUUAUGUCGCUAAGUGAAACAUAAGUAAGUUUUACCCCACUUUACGACAUUUGUUGCCAAGUGAAUCAUUGCAAUUCUUACUGACACGGUUGUUAAGCGAAUCUGCCUUCUCUAUUGAUUUUGGCCGCAAAAGCUGAUCACUUGACCCCAAGAUAAUGCAGCUGUCAUAACCAUGAAGCAGUUGCCGAGCACCUGAAUUU